AUGCAGGGUUCUUUUUAAGAGAAGGAAACUCUAGCUGACAUCUUUUGUUAAGUAAAAGAUGUAGAUAAACAAAAUUUUGCUGUCAUUUUAGAAAUAUUAAGAAAGGAAAUAGUUUAAGAUUGCAUUGGAUAUCUUUCGGAUAAUGGAAAUACAAAACAUUACAAAUAAUAUAUUUUUAAAGAUGACAACAUAAAAGCUUUUGAUAUGUGGUGGAAAUUAGAUGUUGUAACCACAAACAUAAUGAAAAUUUCUAAUAUUCUCAAAUUAAUAAAAAUACAUGACUUUAACCAGCUUGACUACUCAACUGAAGAAAAUGAAGAAUCAAAGCAACAUCUAAUUUAAAGAAUUAAUGAAAAUAGAUAGAUCAUAGAAUUUCUGUAAUUUUUAGUUCAUCUUACAUCAAUAGAUAAAACUUUGAUAUAAUGUGGGUCUAAUUCAUUACAUGUAUUAGUUUUGAUGAAGGUGGACUUUAACAACAAAAAUUAUGAAAAUAUUAUAAUCUAAAAUACUUCUUUAGUAGGAGCUAAUUUUGUUAGGUGUAAUUUUAGUGGAUCCUAAUUUAAUAAUGUUAACAUCAGUGGAAUAAAUUUGAAUGGAGCAUUAUUAUUGAAUUGUAAAUGGAAUAACUUAAAAAUCCAUGAAUUAAAUAAAUUAAAUGGUCAUACUAGAGCUGUUUAAUCAGUCUGUUUCUCUCCUGAUGGAUAUACAUUAGCAUCUGGUAGUUAUGAUAAUUCUAUUCGUCUUUGGGAUGUUUAAACAGGAUAAUAAAAAGCCAAAUUAGAUGGUCAUACUAGUUAUAUCUACUCAGUAUGUUUCUCUCCAGAUGGAAAUAAAUUAGCAUCUGGGAGUAAAGAUAAGUCUAUCUGUCUAUGGGAUGUUAAGAGUAAGAAAAAAAUAGCCAAAUUAGAUGGUCAUACUAAUGAUGUCUAUUCUGUCUGUUUCUCAUCAGAUGGAAAUACAUUAGCAUCUGGUAGUGGUGACAGCUCCAUCCGUCUUUGGGAUGUCAAAACAGGAUAAUAAAAAACCAAAUUAGAUGGUCAUAGUGAUUAUGUUUUGUCAGUCUGCUUCUCUCCUGAUGGAAAUAUAGUAGCAUCUGGUGGUGGUAAUCUUUAUACUUUUAGGGGUGGUGAUUGUUCUAUCCGUCUUUGGGAUGUCAAAACAGGAUAAUAAAAAGCCAAAUUUGAGGGUCAUUAAUAAUCAGUCAACUCAGUUUGUUUCUCUCCUGAUGAAAAUACAUUAGCAUCUGGUAGUUCAGAUAACUCUAUCUGUCUUUGGGAUGUCACAACAGGAGAAUAAAAAGCCAAAUUAAAUGUUCAUACUCGUUAUGUCAACUCAGUCUGUUUCUCUCCUGAUAAUAAUACAUUAGCUUCUGGAAGUAAUGAUGGAUCUAUCCGUCUUUGGGAUGUCAAAACAGGAUAAUAAAAAGCCAAAUUAGAUGGUCAUACUAUUGAUAUAUUAUCAGUCUGUUUCUCGCCUAAUGGAAAUACAUUAGCAUCUGGUAGUGGUGACAACUCCAUCCGUCUUUGGGAUGUUUAAACAGGAUAAUAAAAAGCCAAAUUAGAUGGUCAUACUAAUUAUGUCUUAUCUGUAUUUUUCUCUCCUGAUGGAAAUACAUUAGCAUCUGGUAGUGCAGAUAAGUCUAUCGGUCUUUGGGAUGUCAAAACAGGAUAAUAAAAAACCUAAUUGGAUGGUCAUACUAAUGCAAUCACGUCAGUCUGUUUCUCUCCUGAUGGAAAUACAUUAGCAUCUGGUAGUGAUGAUAAGUCUAUCCGUCUAUGGGAUGUCAAAACAGGAUAAUAAACAGCCAAAUUUGAUGGUCAUUCUAGUUAUGUCUUAUCUGUAUUUUUCUCUCCUGAUGGAAAUACAUUAGCAUCUGGUAGUGAUGAUAAGUCUAUCCGUCUUUGGGAUGUCAAAACAGGAUAAUAAAAGGCCUAAUUAGAUGGUCAUUAGUAUUAAGUCAGCUCAGUCUGUUUCUCUCCUGAUGGAAAUACAUUAGCAUCUGGUAGUGCAGAUAAGUCUAUCGGUCUUUGGGAUGUCAAAACAGGACAAUAAAAGGCCUAAUUAGAUGGUCAUUAGUAUUAAGUCAGCUCAGUCUGUUUCUCUCCUGAUGGAAAUACAUUAGCUUCUGGUAGUUAUGAUUACUCUAUCCGUCUAUGGUAUGUCAAAACUGGAUAGUAAGAAGCCAAAUUAGAUGGUCAUACUAGUUUUGUCUAAUCUGUCUUUUUCUCUCCUAAUGGAAAUACAUUAGCGUCUGGUAGUGAUGAUAAGUCUAUCCGUCUAUGGGAUGUCAAAACAGGAUAAUAAAAAGCCAAAUUAGAUGGUCAUACUCAUAAUGUCUACUCAGUCUGUUUCUCUCCUGAUGGAAAUACAUUAGCUUCUGGUAGUGAUGAUAAGUCUAUCCGUCUAUGGGAUGUCAAAACAGGAUAAUAAAAAGCCAAAUUAGAUGGUCAUACUCAUAAUGUCUACUCAGUCUGUUUCUCUCCUGAUGGAAAUACAUUAGCUUCUGGUAGUGAUGAUAAGUCUAUCCGUCUAUGGGAUGUCAAAACAGGAUAAUAAAAAGCCAAAUUAGAUGGUCAUACUCAUAAUGUCUACUCAGUCUGUUUCUCUCCUGAUGGAAAUACAUUAGCUUCUGGUAGUGAUGAUAAGUCUAUCCGUCUAUGGGAUGUCAAAACAGGAUAAUAAAAAGCCAAAUUAGAUGGUCAUACUCAUAAUGUCUACUCAGUCUGUUUCUCUCCUGAUGGAAAUACAUUAGCUUCUGGUAGUGAUGAUAAGUCUAUCCGUCUAUGGGAUGUCAAAACAGGAUAAUAAAAAGCCAAAUUAGAUGGUCAUACUCAUAAUGUCUACUCAGUCUGUUUCUCUCCUGAUGGAAAUACAUUAGCUUCUGGUAGUGAUGAUAAGUCUAUCCGUCUAUGGGAUGUCAAAACAGGAUAAUAAAAAGCCAAAUUAGAUGGUCAUACUCAUAAUGUCUACUCAGUCUGUUUCUCUCCUGAUGGAAAUACAUUAGCUUCUGGUAGUAGUGAUAAGUCUAUCCGUCUAUGGGAUGUCUAAACAGGAUAAUAAAAAGCCAAAUUAGAUGGUCAUACUAGUUAUAUCUACUCAGUAUGUUUCUCUCCAGAUGGAAAUAAAUUAGCAUCUGGGAGUAAAGAUAAGUCUAUCUGUCUAUGGGAUGUUAAGAGUAAAAAAAAAAUAGCCAAAUCAGAUAGUCAUGUAAUUGAUUUGUACUCAGUCUGUUUCUCUGCACCACUUGUUUCAAACAAUCCUCAAUUAGGUAUUUAUUUGAUUAUUAUUUUUUAGAAUCCAACAAAAUUACAAUUUUAAGAAUAUCUCAAAUACCAUUAUUAUAAGCAUAAGGAGCUUUGAUCUUGAAAGGAGACUUUGUAAAUUAUGAAAGGUACAAUUUAAGUUAAUUAUUCAAAUCUAAAGGAACUUACUUUUUAGAAGAUUUAAAGUAAAAGUGA